AUGGUGCAAGAAGGCAAACCACAAGGGCUGCCAUGGUGUCCGUCUCUGGAGGGCAGGGCUUUAUGUGAACUGAGAUCUGCUCUCAUGAGUCAGACUCACAGACAAGCAGCAGGCAUUGACACGAGGUUGCCUGAGCUUUUGAUCAAUCUUCUGUUCACAGCUUCCACUUAUGCAAGAUUAACUGAAGGCAUUAUUUUUAGAGGAUCAGAAGGUGGAAGACUAGAGAUAAAAUGCAAGUAUGACUGUGAACGCAAGCUUAACAACAAGUACUUCUGCCGACAUCCAUGUAACAGCAAUGAACAUGUCAUUAUCAAGUCUAGUAAACCAGAAACCCUCACAAUUAAUGACAGAUUCUCCAUUUUUGAUCACACUUCUUCCUGCUACUUCACUGUGAUGGUGGACAAGGCUCGUGCUACCGACUCUGGAAGGCACUACUGUGGGAUUGAAGUCUUUCUCUAUUGGGAUGACUACACCGAGGUGCUCAUUGACGUCACAAGAAGAUUUUGUCUUCGGCAAGGUAGUGCUGUACAACCAACAUGAGUACUGGACACAGAAGAAGGGAUAACAAGAAGAUAGUGUUGGACUUCCUUCGAAUUACAAAAUGUAAUUUCCUCUCAUACUGCAGCAUAAUCCAUCCUCUUUUUCCACUAAUGAUGAAGUACACCUAAAACUACAGCCUGUUGGGUGCAUUAGUUGAAAUCUGCUUAGAAUUGAAAAUUUAUGAAAUGUGAUUAUCUGUGUGAUCCUGAUGGAGGCUCAUAAUCUUCCUGUACCAAUCUAUUUGUAUAAAACACGUAACUAGGGUGUCUACUGAUAGACUUACCAACAGAUACAGAAAAGUGUCUCCAAUUCUUUAAAUGUAUUUGAUGCCAGCAGGACUAAUUGAUAAUUUGUAUUAAAAUUCAAAACCAGCUAAAGAACACACAUAACAUGACCACAUCCUCGGGCCAGUGGUACUGGUUAAUAAUUGUGAAUUGUGGUAUUUGUGGUGCCAAUCCACAAAAUAUUUAUUAAAUUAGAUUAGAUUAGUUAAAAUACACUUUAUUAAUCCUAUAAAUUCAAAAUAGAAUAUCU